CCUGCUCCAUGUGAACUGCUCCUGCUGCUGCCGCCACCCCACACGUCUCGGGAUACUUUUUCCUCCCGGCCGGACUGGGGGGUAUAACCGGCCGUUUCCGGGGAAAAUUCGGGGGCAGUGUGGCCCUAGCUUUCAGCUGAUAGAUACCGAUGACAAAUAAUGGCCAGCGGCGGUAGUGAAUUGCAACACCCCGCGGAGGGUGGGCGUCCCAAUCUGCAGUUCGUUCCGUUCAGUAGCGCGCUGGACGCAGGUUUCUGGCAUGAGCUCACUCAGAGAAAACUCAAUGAAUACAAACUGGACGAGUCUCCGAAACCGAUCAGAGGCUAUUACUAUAACGGAGAUCCUGCUGGAAUGCCAGCACGUUUAACCCUUGAAUUUAGUGCUUUUGAUAUGAAUGGCCCAACACCAGCGCAUUGUUGCCCUGCUAUUGGAAUGUUGUAUAACACCAACACAUUGGAAUCCUUCAAAUCCUGUGAUAAAAAGCUUCUCCUUGAACACGCAGCAACUGAGAUAUGGGAUGCAAUAACAUCAGGGAAUGCCAUUAAAAAUCCUGUUUUAUUGAACAGAUUUCUUCUCUUAACAUUUGCAGAUCUAAAGCGAUAUCGUUUCUAUUACUGGUUUUGUUACCCUGCAUUGUAUGUCCCAGAAGGUAUCCCUUUGGUUAAACAACCAGUGCCUCUAAAUGCAAAGUUCUCUCCAGCACAGACUGAAGCCCUCCAGAAUUCAUAUGAUCAGCUUUGCCAGAAAGAAGGCCUAACAGCCCUGCCUUAUUUUUUAAUCAAAUACCAUGAAGAUUCAGUCCAUGUAUCCUUACUUAGAAACUGGGAUGACUUCUUUUCUGAUCCAAGAGAGAAGGUGACAUUUGGUGUUUAUGACCCCUGUAAUUUUGCCCAAUAUCCAGGAUGGCCACUGAGAAAUAUGUUGAUCCUUGCAGCACACAGAUGGGGAGGCAUUCUUCAGUCUGUUGAAGUGCUCUGCCUCCGAGACAGGACCAAGCAGGGAGCAAGAGACAUUUCACACAGCAUUCUUUUUGAAGUAAAACUUCCGCAGCUGACACACAGUUCAGAUUGUCCCAAAGCUGUUGGAUGGGAAAAAAAUCCAAAGGGAAGUAUGGGCCCAAGAAUGGUGAAUCUGAGUGAAUGUAUGGACCCCAAAAGGCUAGCAGAAUCAUCAGUGGAUCUUAACCUUAAAUUGAUGUGCUGGCGGUUAGUACCUACUCUUGAUCUGGAGAAGGUUGUAUCUGCAAAGUGUCUUCUUCUUGGAGCUGGUACGCUGGGUUGUAGUGUAGCCAGAACUUUAAUGGGAUGGGGAGUCAGGAGGAUUACAUUUGUAGACAAUGCAAAGAUCUCUUAUUCCAACCCUGUGCGUCAACCACUCUAUGAAUUUGAAGAUUGUCUUGGGGGUGGAAAGUCCAAAGCAGUUGCAGCAGCAGAGAGACUUCAAAAAAUAUUCCCUGGAGUGAAGGCUGAAGGUUUUAACAUGAGCAUCCCAAUGCCAGGUCACCCUGUGAAUUUUUCUGAAACAACCAUACAGCAAGCUCAAAAGGAUGUGGCUCAGCUGGAAGAGCUGAUUGAUGGUCAUGAUGUCAUCUUUUUGCUAAUGGACACCAGGGAAAGCCGAUGGCUUCCUGCUGUCAUCUCAGCCAGCAAGAGAAAGCUGGUCAUCAAUGCUGCUUUGGGAUUUGACACAUUUGUUGUGAUGAGACAUGGGCUGAAGAAACCAAAGUAUCAUGAAAUUGGUGAUUCUCCAUGCAAUAAUUCUUCUGGCUCAGUUGAUCUUUUGGGAUCAUCACUUUUUUCAAAUAUUCCUGGCUAUAAACUUGGUUGCUACUUCUGCAAUGAUGUAGUUGCACCAGGAGAUUCCACCAGGGAUCGGACAUUGGAUCAACAGUGUACAGUCAGUCGACCAGGAUUAGCCAUGGUAGCAGGAGCUCUUGCUGUUGAAUUAAUGGUAUCCAUUUUACAGCAUCCCGAAGGUGGCUAUGCAGUUGCAAGCAGUAGUGAUGACAGAAUGAGUGAACCUCCCACCUCUCUUGGGCUUGUGCCUCAUCAGAUCCGAGGUUUUUUAUCAAGAUUUGAUAAUGUUCUUCCUGUCAGUCUGGCUUUUGACAAGUGUACUGCCUGUUCACCCAAGGUCCUUGACCAGUAUGAAAGAGAAGGCUUUAAUUUCCUGGCAAAGGUUUUUAAUUCUUCCCAUUCUUUCUUAGAAGAUCUCACAGGUCUGACUUUGUUGCAUCAGGAGACCCAAGCUGCUGAGAUUUGGGACAUAAGUGAUGAUGAAACACUCUGAAAACCUAAUGAAUGAAGUAGAAGACGACCAACAAGCCGACAUAUUUUAGGUUGUGUUGAUGUAUUUUUAUCAGUCAUUUAAUGAUUCCUUCCUUAACUUCAUCGCAAACAUAAAUAUGUUCAGUCCACAUCUUUGAUCAAGAUGGGACACUGUGACAGUCUCAAAGCAAGCCUACUGUGGUUGCUUCUCUUUUUAUUGUGUUCUUGAUGCACAUAUAGUUGUAAGACAGUUAAAAUUAAAAUUAUUUCUGGUUUUUCAGUUUCUAAAUACAGCUUAUAUUUAACAUUUCUAUUUAGUAGACAUCUUUGUGUCCCCCCCGCCCCCCGCAUUUGAGUGUUUCUUUUAAGUAAAUGUUCACAAUUAAUUUGAAAAACAUUUUUUCAGCGUUUUAGGGACUUGUCACUACUGUGUAAGACUGAACCAUAAAAAGUUAGCCACACUGGGAAUAAAUAAAAUAAAUAAAAUAAAAAAUAAAUAAAAUAAAGAAGGCCAGAUAUUUUGGGAUACAAAAAGACACUGGGUCUUUUUGUCUUGAUUUCUGUCUGUACAAGGGAAGAGGUAGAAGCUCUGUCUUCUCCACUCGGUUCAGAGUUAUCUUCGCCCACCUGUCUCUCAUGAAUCAGGGACUCUUGAAAUAAACUGCAAUGCAGACAGGAAAGGGGAGAUUGAAGAAAAUCAAGUACCCUAACAUUCUAUUAACUCGAUUGCGUGAACAGCAAUUUAGACUGAAGCCAUCUAACAGGAUAGUCCUUAAACUAUUUCAUAGAUCCACCUUUUCUUUCUGCAAAUAAUUUGUAGUUUAUAUCCCCAUAAAAUAAGGAGAUGAAAUUCUAACUUACUUUAAAAAUCUGAUUGAUAGAUCAGCAAUAGUUCUGAAUAAUGAAUGUAACAACUGUGUUACAUGCUUUAAUACAGUGACAAAUUGGUUUCUGCUUGAAGACACAGAAUGUUAGCAAGUAGAAACUGUGGGCGUUGUUAGUGUGAUUGGAUUUAGAAGAAAGGCUUGCUUUUCGUCCAUUUCUUUAUAACCAGCAAUGCAAAUAUGUCAUUGUUUGAGCAUUGUAGGAAAUACUACAUUGGUCUCUGUCCAAAGCAGUACAAUUAGUUCCAUAUUCUCAUAGCAUCUGUUGACUUAGCCUUCCCCCCAGAAGAGCUCCCCAACCCAUUUUAAGUGUUUUUGAGAUUGCCAUGUGGAACAUUUUCGGAUGCAAACCUUCAAGAUAUAAUGAGGGUCAUGCAAAUUACUGAAACUUUGGACCAUGGUCACACUUUUCAAAUAAUGUGCAAAUUAAUUUUCUGAAACAUUUUCAGUGAUUUUUCUGGACAGUGCUAUAGCCAAAUAAAGUUUAAUAUUUAACUGUAUGUGAAAAAUGUAAUAUUGAUAUCUAUUAUUUCCUAUUUUUAAGAAUGAUAUUUUUUUAGCCUCCCUCUUUAGUACUGAAGCAGUGAAAUAGUGACAUAAAAUAUUCAGACAAGGAGACCAAAUAUUUCAUAUUCUUCAACAUUGUACCACUUUCCCUUCUGUAAAUUAUAAUCACAAAUCUAAGGAGAGGCUCAGAAUAGGCAACCCAUGAUAUAUUAAUUGUUUAUUUUAAUGGUGCAAGUUGCUUAUUUAAUCCUGUGUUACUUAGUGUAUAAUUUAUACUACUGUUUAAGUUUAUAAUUAACUUUCUUGAUGUAGUAUUUAGUGAGAAGCCUAGCUCCUGUACAGUAUUUCUAGUAUUGUUAUUUACUGGCUAAAUAUCUUGAUCAUUUAAAUCUAGAUUUGAAAAAGAGGCAUGAUUUUAAAGAAAGCCCAUCUUGUAUAGUUAACCAUUCUAGUAGCAUAAAGUUUAAUUAACUACUUUUCAUUUUUAAAUAAGAAAUACUUGUAAUUAAAAUUAAUGAAAGAAUUAUCUAGUGAUUUUCAGGCUCAUUUUACUGAAAAAAUAAAUUAAAUGAAUAGUGGGGAAAAUCAGGACUUUACAGCUUGCUCUGAGUCACCCACACAGACGUCAUUUGGAGAUAGCAAGCAGGAAACUCUGUUUUGAAAUUUUACAGGCUUGGUUAGUUGAGGAUCAAAAACAGCUUGGUGUCUCCCAGGAAUACUAUCCAAUGAAAUGUCUGUCUUGACUCUUGGAUUAUCAACUUUCAAUUUGUAAACUGUUUUUUCCCAUAGAGAAAAUCCUAUAUAUGACAUUUUAAGCACAAAGUAAUAUGUUUCCUUGCUUAGCAAUUCAAGUAACUUAGAGUUGUAUAAGACUGAACUUGCUUCCUGCCCAGAUGCUUCCCAGAUGUCUGUGUUGUGCAAAAGUGCUCCAGUGUGACUUAGAAAAUCUGUUCUUUAAUUUCAUUGUUUUUUCCCUCUCCCAUGACAAAACAGAAUGGCUUGCUUGCUUCCAAACUUUUCCUUUUGUAAAAUGUUGUAAGCACUUUAAUUGAAAGGGACAUAAUGAAAGCUUUUAUUCAAAUGACUGCAAUGUACAUUAAAAGAACUUCCAAGCACUUUUACUCACAGCUGACACCGCCCACACAGUUGCUUCCAUAACAGGAAAAUGUAAAUUCGAGCUUUGGAGAAUGGGUAUGGGCUUUUAAAUGAUUGCUUUUUAUUUUGUUUUAAUUUUGGGCUGGUAUGACUUCCCCAAAUAAAGGACAAAAAUCCUGAAAAUUAAA